UAAAUGCGGUUGUCAAUUGCCUAUUCGUUCCCAUACUCAAUAUACAAGUUCAAGUUUAAACGUUAAAAAAGUUGGACGAAAUGGUGUCGAUGAAUUUGGGGACCUCAAUUUUAUUAUUGUCAAUGGCGAUCAUAUCGAUGGCGAAACCAACUCCUCAAUCCAUUGGCGACAAUGUGAUGGACCUUGUAGGUAAGAUAGCGACAUUCGGAACGAAUUUUUACAACCAAACUUUUGGACAGUUACCAAAUGAACCGACGAAAGUCCGCGUAGAACGAAACUUAGAUGCUGCUGAACGACUAGAAAAGGCAAGGUAUGGCUACGGUGGACUUGGUUUUGGAUUUGGUGAAGGUGCUGGAGUCGGAGGAAUGGGAGGAAUGGGUGGUGUGGGAGGAUUAUGUGGUCAUGGAGGUCAUGGAGGUCAUGGAGGAGGUACUGGCUUGGGAUCGGGAACUGGAAUCGGAUCUGGUACUGGUAUUGGAUCGGGCUUGGGUAUGGGAGAAGGAAUAGGUAUGGGUGAAGGGAUAGGUAUGGGGGAAGGAAUUGGUGUAGGCGAAGGAAUAGGAAUAGGAACCGGAACUGGAAUCGGAAGAAGAUAGGCUAAAAAGUAUACUGUUAAUUAAGCAAACAUCAGUUACUAAUAAAGAGACUGGUUGAAUAAAAUUUUAUUCAGAUUAAUUUUUCUAAUCUUAAUAUCAUCAUUUUCUUAAAAAGGUAAAUUAAGGUGUCGUAAGCCCUUUUAGUUACAAAUUACAAAAUUAAUUCGUUUACCAUGCUCCAACUAUUUUUUCAUGAAAGAGCUUGAAUGACAGUGCUUCCAAGA